CAUCGCUACUAGGAGCAAGAGCCUUACUACUAGGAACAAGAAGCGAACGUAGAAACAAUAAGUAGAAACAAUAAGUGGGAUUGGAAGCUGGUAGGUUUGGUAAACCUUCACCGGAAAGCGAAUUCUCUCGUCCUUUGCCGUCCUCGCAGCGUCACGCGCCGCGCCUUCCGCGUCGCCUUCGCCGACGGCUUCACCUCUCAGGUCCUCCUGCUUUGCAGCUCCCUGGCCGCGUCCCAGGCCGUGGUGGAUGACUACGAGUACGACCCCGCGAAGCCGGAUGAGCCGAUGGAUGUGGCCUCGCAGGCAGUCUCCAAGUGGCUGAAGGAUGAAGUAGUGGUGCCGCGAAAGAAGGAUGGUUGGCAGAACAACUUCUGCCUUUGUGUUCAGAAUGGGAACAUUGCGAGUUGGUACCAGAUGGCCUCGGCCAUGUACGUCGUGGACACCUGCAGUGCCACGGAUGGCUUUGUUCUCCGAUCUGGACACAUGCAGGACCGGCACGUCCACCCGCUCCAAGCGAUGAUGGCCUGUGACACCUUGAAGUUGGUCUCGUACUGCCUCUCGCAUGAGGCCCCCGAGGCCUUGCCCAUGUGGAAACCCAUGUGCGAUCACGCGCACUACACGGUGCCGUCCUGCGAUGUGGUUUGCGGUGGUGCUCAGUUCACCUCCAUGAGCGCCCUCCUCAUGGCAGCAGGCAGACGGGUGGAGAGCAGAGCUCGGAGAGCAGAGCUCCGAGAGCGUGCGAGUGCUAGCCCCAGCGGUCUG